AUGGCUGCCAAUCUGCGCCGGCCGAUGCAGCUGAUCUGGCAACGGCCAAUCAUCCAGGUCAUAGCUCUGAUCAUGGCCUUGAACUUUGGCGUCUACUGCCUUCUACUGUCCACCCUCGCCACGCUGUGGAUCAACCGUUACGGGCAGUCCGAGUUCAUCAGUACGCUCCACUACAUCGCCGUCUCACUAGGUACAACCGUUGCCACGCAGGCUGGAGGCCGCUUCAUGGACUGGGUCUUCGCGAAACAGAAGGCGCGCUCACCGGACGGCAGUACUAGCCCUGAGUUCCGCGUGCCGUGCCUUGUUCCGCCCGUCAUCCUGAUCCCUAUCGGCCUCCUCUGGUACGGGUGGGCGGCCGAGAUAGGCGCACACUGGCUGGUAGUAGAUGCUGGGGUGGCUGUUUUCGUGUGCGGCAGCUUCCUGUUAGCGCAGGCCAUGCUUGCGUACCUGCUUGAUGAGUUCUCACAUGCAGCGUCUGCAAAUGCGGCGAGUCGCAUGCUCUCCAACGUGCUGGGAUUCGUGUUUCCUAUCUUUGCGCCACAGCUAUUUGCGCGUUUAGGGUACGGAUGGGGCAACAGUAUGCUCGCCUUCCUGUUCAUUGGUCUCGGCUGCCCAGUGCCGCUAUUGCUGCGGGUGUGGGGGGCUAGACUGCGAGCGAUGGGCCGGAGUUGA